AUGGACUCACCGCCGACCCAGACCCAGCCCACUCGAAAAGAAAAAGGCAUGAUCAUGUUUCCCUCCCCAGCGAUCCUUUUUGUCUUAGUUUCUCUAGCAUCCGCUCACAGCCGAGUGACAAAUUUCGUAAUCGACGGUGCAUCCUACCAAGGCUUCAACACACGAUCCUCGAACCCCGACAUCCUCGCGGCAUGGAGCACGACAAUUAAGAAUGACGGUUGGAUCAGCACCGAGAGCUACGGUAAAUCUGACAUCGUUUGUCAUAUCAAUGCGACCAACGCUCAGGGCCAUGGACCCAUUGCUGCUGGUGACACCAUUGACUUUCAAUGGCAAGGUUGGCCCGAGUCACAUCACGGCCCAGUCAUCACGUACCUUGCUUUCUGCGGCAUUGACAGAGGGUCCUGCGAGUCCAUCGACAAGAUGAAGUUGAGCUUUUUUGCGAUCGACAAGGUCGGACUGGUUGAUCCGAAUGCCAAUGCCACGAGUUUUGCGACGGCGUGGGGAAUCUGGGCGAGCGACAUCCUUAUCAGCAAUAAUGCGACCUGGGCGGUGCAAAUUCCGCCGAAGAUCCAACCUGGUUACUAUGUGCUUCGACAUGAGAUCAUUGCACUCCAUUUUGCUAGGUAUCCAGGGCAGGGCGCGCAGCACUAUCCCCAGUGUAUCAACAUUGAAGUUACUGGCGGCGGGAGCGACGAACCCGCUGGGACGUCGGCCGUGGAUUUGUAUCAAGCGGCGGAGGAUGGGUUGAUCUAUGACAUCUCCCAAUCGCCCACUGGAACGUACAAGAUCCCGGGGCCGACGAUGUACACUGGCGCAACGGCUUUCGUCUCUCAGACUGGGGUGCUGGUCCGGGGCCAACGCCUUUGCCUAUCGCUCUUCACUCUCCUACUUCAACCCAAUUGCGUCUGCCAUUUGCAAUUCACUGAGACCCAUUGGCUCUCUCGAACAAGUUAUCUCGUUACUCUUGUCUUGAAUCUCGUAACAGCAGUCAUUCUCACCAUGAUUGCCCGCCUGAGGCCAGUAAUCAUGCCCAUUCCCCGCCGGGUGAGGUCACUCUCAACCGCGCGGGGUUCCUUAUCUGGACUCAAGAUCAACACCGACCGCCUUCAAGAGUCAAUUCAUCAUACAUGCCAAUGGGGUGCAGCGCAUCGAUAUGGAAAGGGUGCAACAGAGACAGGCAUGGCCAGACUGGCGCUGUCCGACGACGAUGCUCGCGUGAGAAAAUGGUUCGCCGAUGAGGUGGCAAGCCUUGACUGUGAACUUGCAAUCGAUGAGAUGGGAAACAUGUUUGCGAAACGUCAAGGAGCGCUCAAAUCUUCCGCUCCGAUGACAGCCAUGGGGAGCCAUCUUGAUACCCAACCCCGCGGGGGCAGAUACGACGGCAUUCUGGGCGUUCUAGCCGCCGUAGAGGUGAUGAGAACACUAAAAGACAACAACUUCAAGACGCAAUUCGAUGUUGGCAUCGUCAAUUGGACCAACGAAGAAGGCGCCCGUUUCCCGAGAUCAAUGAUGUCCUCCGGCGUCUGGGCAGGUGAUAUCCCUCGGGAAAAGGCCUGGGACUUGGGCGAUAUCUUCGACCCUUCUGUGACCGUCAAGUCUGAGCUGGAGCGACACGGCUACAUCGGUCCGCUCGCCUGUUCAAGCGACGCAUCAACUGGUUACCCUCUGGGCGCGCACUUUGAGUUGCACAUCGAGCAGGGCCCCAUCCUCGAGGAGAACGGCAGGAAGAUCGGCGUCGUGCAGGGCGCGCAGGCGUAUCGCUGGUUCACCUUCACCAUCACGGGCCGCGACGCACACACGGGCACCACGCCGUUGAAGUCCCGCAGAGACCCGUUGCUCGCGGCGUCCAAGAUGAUUGCUUCCUCCAACGCCAUCGCAAAGGAGCUCGGGGCGCUGGCGUCGACAGGUGUUCUCAAGAUCCCACCCAGCUCGUCGACCAACACCAUCGUCUCGGAGGUUACCUUCACCCUUGAUAUUCGCCACCCCGAAAACGCAGUUGUCGAAGAGGUGCAGAGGCGUUGCAUCGAGUCGUUUGAGAAGAUCGCUGGGGAGGAUGGCCGCGGGGUCGAGGUGCAGUGGACGCUCGAUACCGAUUCGCCCGCGGUCAAGUUUGACAAGGAGUGCAUCCAAGCCGUGGAGAAUGCAGCGAUUGGUCUUUUUGGGCCGGACGGCUGGCUGCCGUUGACCAGCGGCGCGGGGCAUGACAGCGUUUACACGAGCAAGCGGUGCCCGACGACAAUGAUUUUCGUCCCUUGCAAGGACGGUGUGAGCCAUCACCCCGAGGAAUAUUGCAGUCCGGAAGAUUGUGCGAAUGGCACUCAAGCCCUGCUUGAAGCCGUUGUAAGCUACGACCAUCUGAGAGCUAGCAGAAAGUGA